AUGGAAGUCUCAAAUGAAGCGCAAAAAUGUAUCGGGGCGAUGGAAGCGGGACAGGGAAGUAAUGCAGAACAGGGCUGCAAAGAUUCAUCGUGUGGGAAAGCAAACAGUGAUAGAAAUGAGGUGGGAAGUAAGGCGGGAGAGGAGCACUUAAAUAACGCCGGGAAUUGCAAUAACAGCGAGACGCUUAAGACCACCGAAGGGACAGGCGGCAAAAAGGAAGAGGCCAUGAACAAAAAGGAAAGCCAUAUGAACAAAACGGAUAAGGGGAAAAAAAGAAAAAAUUCGAAGAAAAAGCAUUAUAGUAAAAAUAAAAAGCAGGCCGAUUUGUGCCCCCCAGAAAAGACGCCCAUCCAGGAGAACGCCUGGCCUAGGAACAACAGCAACCCUGGGGAUGGAAAAGAAAAAGGUGAGGAAGGUACAAAAAAGAGUGAAGUAAAUAAUGCCCCCAAUGCUGAAUCGUCUGAAAAGGGAGAUGAAAAAGAAAUGGGCAAUGGGAGCGUCUUAAAGGGGUAUAAAAAUGGACAGGAAGCCGGAACGAGUAAUGUUAAGGCGGAUGAGGCGGGGCAGGACAAAUCCGCAGACGGGGGAAAAAAGACAAAGAAAAAAAGAAAAAAAGCCAAAAGGAAAAAGAAAAAGGAUAAAGGUGCGGGCGAAGAUAAAGGCGAAGAUAGAGGCGAUGAAAAAGGCCAUGGCGAAGCAGCUGACGAAGAGAUUAGCGGCUUGAAAAAAGUUAAGGACACGCUACCAAAUCAUCACAGCAAUGAAAAUGCCAGUACCACCACGGCAAUUAGCACCAACACGGAUUGCAACGCAAGGAAGAAGAGCGUUGUCAAGGACACCAUGGACGCAGCCAACCUUUACAGCAAUGAGCUUACGACCGAUGCAAUGGCAGACCAGAAGAAGAACAAAAAGAAGAAAAGAAAAUCAUCAAAAAGGAAUCAAACUGUGCAGCAUGGUAAGGCAGAAACUGGGGAGGAAAAUCUCACUUCUGCAAAAAAUAAAAAGGGAGACCCCUCUAAAAAGACAAGCGUGAAUCAUCACGCCCUGUACAAAGUACCUAGUAGAAGUAUGACCAAGGAUCAACUUAACAAUCUGGCAAAUUUGAUUUAUAAAAAUAGCAUUGGUUAUGGUCUUCCCCCGAAGAGUGUGGUUAGUAACUUCAGUUCGAAUCCAUGUCAAGCUUCGUGUAGUAAUCCCCCCCGAAAUUUUCUGAACAUGCAGCCUAAAAGGAACAUGCUUCAAUUGCCGAAAAGAACCGAUUGUAAAUAUGGGUUCAGUGUGGACAAUCAGGGAUACUCAAAUUGCUUGUACGGGUCGGUCCCCUUCCGCCGCACAAAUGAGUGUUACGAUUUUUCGUACCCGGACGGGGUUCCCGGUGGCCUGGGGAAUUUUUUCUACGGAAGCGACCUGUCGAGGGAUGCCCUAAUGGAGAGGACUCUCUCUCUGCACGGCAUGUACAGCGUGGGAAGCGUGACAAACGCGAGUGAUUUGGGCGGUGUUGGCCAUGUUGGAGCUCUUAGCGGCGUUGGCGGCCUUAGCAGCUUCAGCGGAGCCGCCUUUCGAAGACAACGCAAACUGCCACCGCGGGCAAACGACAGCUUGGCACGAGGCGCGAAUUACGAAUUGGGCAAGAAGAAAGCGAAUCUGCAAAAUGGUCACAUUACCAGGUUCAAUUCGGGUGCCCCCAGCGCGAAACAUUUGCCCUAUGAACACAAUCAGGAGGAUCUAACUUUCGGCAAACGAUAUAGUAACAGAAAGGGGCACUACCACAACGCGAGUAGAAGUGUGUCCAGGGGAGGGAAGAUCCUCCAGGGGGGUGAUAGCAGCGCGAUGAAUGUAGCGAAAAUGGCCAACAUUGGCAGCGCAGUUAAGGAGGAAAACUUUUCCAGCGCGUCCAACUUUGGCUACUUUACCAAUGGGGUGAACCUAAACACAAGAGCGAAGUACCUCCAGAAAGGGAACAUCCAACUGAACAACAACCAUGUGAUGCCAGGCAUGCAAAAUGAUGGUACCUACGCGCACAUGCAAAGGGGGAAGUAUUAUACAUACUACCCCCACCCAAGUGCUGAGAUGGUGCAGGAGAAAAAGUUUACUAAAGGGAUUAGUGCCCCGUUUAGGUCCUAUAAAAUGCAAAACGAUCUUUCUAACAACAAUAGAACGUUUCCACCAAACGGGGGAGGAAGAGAAGACUACAUCGGUGAGGAGACUGCUCAAGGGGGAGUAGCAGAGAAAGACAAACAAGAGACCCUCAAACUAACUGACCCAUCUUGCAAAAGGGGAAGAGAUACCAACUUUGAAGUCAAUAAAGAGAUACACAAAUUUAUAGACUAUUGUGUGAAGAACUAUGGAGACAAAUACAUUGCGAAUGUUCUGCAUGAGUUUUCUCCAGACGGAAUUGGAGAGAAGUACGAUGAAUUGAGGAACAUUUUCAAAAUGAAUAUAAGUGAGGAGAACUUGAGCACUUUGCAGAUGCUGGAGGGGGACGAGAAUGUCGAGUUGCCUGCGUUUUUGAAGGGCUGCCCUAACGUGGGGGGGGAAGUAGAGGCGCACAAAGGGGAACAGCUGAAGGAGGAGCCGCUUAAAGGGGAGCCGCUUAAAGAGAAACCGCUUAAAGAGGAACCGCUUAAAGGGGAGUCGCUUAAAGGGGAGUCGCUGAAAAAGGAAUCGAACGAAGAGGAGCCGCUUCACGAGGAACCGCUCAAACAGGGCGCCCCUCCUGGCGACGCUCCGGACGCAGGGAACGUCUUCGAGGGGGACCCAUCCAUGAACGUGACGAUCCCCCCGGGACUAAGCCUUCCAGACAUAAACCGAGCCCUUCUGCAUGGCGCCUACUUAGACAACAUCGCCGUGGUGAAGAAAUGCCUCGAAAAAAAAGCAGACAUAAACUACUUUGACAAAAUCGGAAGGACAGCCCUACAUUAUGCAUGUGCAGGUGGAUACUACGAGAUAUGCCAGCUGCUAAUAGACAAUGGAGCCAAAGUGAACGUCUCGGAUUACAAGCACUGGACUCCUCUACACAUAGCCGUUACGAAGAUGCAUAAAGAGAUAACAGAGCUGUUACUGAAGAACGAUGCAAACAUACACGCGAUGCUACCUCAUUCGUUGUCCCCAAACAGGGGAAAAACAACCGCCAGCAUGUGCAUUCAUUUCGCAGCCAUUAAAGGGAGCAAAGAAAUAACACAACUCCUGCUACAUUAUGGGGCCAAAAUUAAUGACACAGAUUUGUCCAAUAGGACAGCCCUUCACUAUGCUGCGUAUCGAAACAACUCCGAUUAUUUGAAGUUCUUAAUCUAUCAGGAGAAGGCCAAGGUUAACAUCUUUGAUGUGCACAAUAGGCUUCCUAUCCACUCGGCCUGCUUGGGCGGCGUCUUAAAGAACGUCCAAUUGUUGGCAGAGAAUAAGAGCUUCCUCCAGAAAAGGGACAUCUACAAUAUGAGCCCAAUGGACAUCGCCUCUAUUAAGAAGUUUAAGAAGAUAAGGAAGUUCUUGGCCAAAUACAUUAAUGAGAAUUUUUCCCCAAGCGAUGGGGAAGACAGCAAGGGGAAGAAGAAGAGCAGCGACAGCAACGGCAACAGAAGCAGCAGCAAUGGAAGCAACAAUGACAACCGCAGCAGCACCGCCCAGGUGGAAGCGAAGAACGAGGGGGAAGACCCGAAAAAUACGGGAGACCUACUCCCCCACACAGACCAAGGCGACGAAGCAGACGAACAGAAAAUGGACCCCAAAGAAUUCUACAAUGACAACCAGAUGAUUAAAGACAUUUUAACGACGACCAUCAGCACCGUCCUGAAGGAACGAAAUAGGGAUCAAAUCAAAAGAGUAGUGGACGCCUUGGGCGUGUACAUAUCCUUGAGCCUUCUAGAGAAAACCAUUUUGAUUCAGAACUAUGGAGGCAUAGACAUGGUUAGUAAGGAGGGUAAGAGAACCAACGGCGGGGUCUUCUUUUACCUCAUAAAAUACAUGUACAAAAAUGACAUUAUUUCGAAGUUUAAAUAUGACUACAUUGUGGAGGAGGAGAAGGAGAAGAAAAAGACCUACAGGAAGAUGAAAAAGAAGCUGCUACAGGAGGAGGAGAAUGCCAAGGGUGGCGAUGUGAUGGGAGGAAAUGUCAUGGGUGCCAAUGUGAAGGGUGCAAAUGUGAGCCUCACCGGGCAGGUUCCCCCCGAGGGGAAGAAUAAGAAUAGGAAGAAAAAGAACGAUAAGUUUAUGGGUCAAGCGAAGGGCAUUCGCAAUGGAAGUGCAGCCUUCAGUAGUGCAAAAGGGGCUGCCAUGGAGAGUGUGAAAAAUGAUAGGGCGCCGGUGACCGGUGCUAACGGCAACAAUGCAUCAGCGGGUCACAACACGCCGAAAACUACACGUGGUAAGAACGCCCUGAGUACCCAUAAUGGGGAAGUGAAGCAUACUGCUACUGAGCAAAUGGCAUCAUUGUCCGCAACGGCAACAGUCGGUACAGUCCAAAAAUACCAUGUUAACUCAUUAGCUACGAAGAACGCGAGGAAUAACACACAUUUUGGUAAUCUGCAGAGUGACCACCCCCCCAAGGACCCCCACGCGAGCAACGCUGAAGAGGGAAAAAAUAAAAAAAAAACGAAAAAAAAAAAAAAUAAUAAUAUUAUUAUUAAUAAUGAUACUAAUAAUAAUACUAACAAUACGGCUCAACUUGUUGGGGUGGUUGCCCAAGCGGGUACUCCCAACAACUGUGUGACAAAUGCGAAUGUGGGCUCCUCCUUCAUAAAUUUAGUGCAAAAUUCGUACGCCAGCAUGCAAAACAUGGUCGAGGCGCAGGCCCAGAGGAAGCGCGCCUACCACGUCAACGGGGCUGCGUGGGAGCGAGGCAACUUUGAUUGGGGUCAUGGCGGCGGUUGCAACGGCUUCGACGGUCUCGGCAGCUUGGGCCACUGGAACAGUGUUUUCACCCUGAACUGCCGCCAACCGCGCAAGAACAAAGUUAACAUGAAAUUCCGCAACGGAAACAACCAAGUCGGCAUGAACAGCUUUAACGGUUGCAAUCAGGUCAGCCUGGGCAACCGCAACAACGCCAACCAGUAUAGCAAGUCAAUUCGGAGCUACCAGAAUGAGUUCCCUAUCCCGUAUCUGAACGGGAUGCAGAAGAGUGCCUAUGACUACACGGGCUGUGCGGAGAACCCCGGGGCUUACCGACAUAACCAGAACGUGUACAUGGUGAACAAUUUGUGCAACCCGCAUGGGAGUGGGAAACAGAAAAUGCUUUCAAGCAACUUGAGGGGUGGACGCUUUCGGGGCUACCCCAAUAUGUAG